AUGAAUAUGCCUUUCCGAGAGGAACACAUCGUACAGUGCGGCUGCAGCGAUCGCGCCUUCGCCCUCCUCCAGGAUGCGACGUCGGCGCCGCGACCGGGGAGGCGUCGCGCUGCUCGGCCGGCAGCUGAUGAGGGGGACCCAGGCAUCCUGGUGGCUCCGCUCGCUGCCUGCCUCCUAACCCGCUUCUCGUUGGGCUGCUUCCCUCCUUCUCCGCUUUCCCUCGACGUGGAGCGCCGCGGGAGCAGCUGGCAGGCGGAGCCCAGUGUCGCUCUUUUGCCCCGAGCGCUUUCGCGUGUCGCCCGAGCAGCAGCCAUGGCCGCCGCCGCAGCCGGGAUCCUGGCCGGCACCGUCAGAGUGGAACUGCAGGAGCCCCUGGCUUCUCUAAUGCAGCAGAGGGCAGUGGCGAAAGCGGAUGAGAAGAAAAUCAAGGAGCUGCUGAAACGGAUCGAAGCGGAGAAGCAGAAAAUCAUCCAGGAAUGGAAGCAGCUCCGUGAGUUUCUGAAGGAGCAGGAGCGGCUUCUGCUGAGUUGGCUGGAGAUGCUGGGCAGGAAGAUUGCACAGAAAAGGGAGGAGGGCCUCUCCAAGCUCUGCUUGGAGAUUACCCUGCUUGAGGAUUUGCUCGGCGGAAAGGGAGCGGAGAAGGAGGAGCCAUAUCGUCUCCGGCAGGGCUGCUUCAGAAGCACAGGGAACAGUAUGGAAGAUGGUGCGUCACCAAGAGCGGAACUUGACUUGGAGGAGCUCGAACAGAGAGUCAACUGUUUCUCUGAGAAAAGGGACAUCUUGCAGGAAGAGAUGUUGCAGUUCAAAGAGACUUUACGGAUGGAGCUGGAGGGUGACACAGGCUUCAGGAUAAUAUCUAUGUUUCAGUCCAGAGCAACGCCUCCUCAAGACGAUCAGCCAGUGGAGACUGUCAGAGAAGGUUUACUUGCAGCCGAAGGAACUCAGGGUCCUCUGGUCUUGGAUCAGGUACCUGAACACCAUAGCAUCGAACAGUGGACUUCCGAGGAACCCAGGAAGGGACCGUUGAUCAGAGGCCUAGAGGAACACAAGGAAGUAGGGAACGGCAUGCAAAGCGAGGACGAGAUCAGGGUCUUUCAGCAGAAGGACCAGGCACAAAGGGAGCUGGACGUGACUGCGCCAAGCGAAUGCCACAGGGUCGUUCUGAAGAAUGUCAAAAGGGAAGAGCCGAUCGCGACUGAGUGCAGGUUUGGGAAUAACACGGCGGGAUUCCAAGGCCAUCCAAGCCGCCAGGAAACCGGAGGACUCCAAGCCCUGCUGGAGAAGAAACCCCACGAGUGCCCGGCCUGCGAGAAAAGCUUCCGUCGGUUUUCCACCCUCGUUACCCACCAGCGCAUCCACACCGGGGAGAGGCCUUACGAGUGCCGCCAGUGCGGCAAGAGCUUCAGCCAGAGCUCCAACCUUUUCCGGCACCAGAAAAUCCACACGGGCGAGAGGCUCCACAGCUGCCCCGAGUGCGGGAAGCGCUUCCGCUUCGCCUCGGACGUUGCCAAACACCAGAAGGUCCACCGGGAGGGGAGAUCCCUGACGUGCUCCGUGUGCGGGAGAGGUUUCAGAGGCUGCGCGGCCCUCGCCCGGCACCAGCGUACUCACUCAAGCGCCAGGCCCUACGAGUGCCCCGACUGCGGCAAAGGGUUCCGGUUUAAUUGCUUCCUCCUUGCUCACCGGAGGACGCACACCGGGGAGAAGCCGCACAGGUGUGCCUCGUGCGGGAAAAGCUUCAGCUCGAGCUCGGCCCUCUUUGCUCACCGCCGGGUCCAUACGGAUGAGAAGCCCUUUAAGUGUCCUGACUGUGGGAAGGGCUUUGGCCAGAAUUCAACCCUCAAGACGCACCGGAGAGUUCAUGCAAACGAAAAGCCCUACCGGUGUUCAGAAUGUGGGAAAGGCUUCAGCCAGCACUCCACUCUUCUGAAGCACCGGAUAAUCCACACCGGGCAUAAGCCUUACCCGUGUACCGAAUGUGGCAAGAGCUUCAACCGCAGCUCCGCCCUUUUGGCCCACAAAAGGAUCCAUACAGGGGAGAAGCCGUUUGCAUGCCCUGACUGUGGGAAAAGCUUCACUCAAAACGGCCAUCUGAUUCGACACCGGACAGUCCACGCCAAAGAUACGGGAGCCCACAUCCAGCAGGAUCUCCUGGAUGCUGACCAGGGAAGCGUCUACAGAGAAACCAUUCAGGAGAGUUACAGCACCAUCUUCAUGGCCUCUGGACUGUUUGCCUUUCUGGAACAAGGGCAGAACACUUGGGCCCCAGAUUUCCAGAGCUACUGCCGUGAUGCAGAUAAAGAGAUGAUGAAACAAUCGCCGGAACAAGGGCCAAAGGCAGCAACUUGGUACAAUUCCUACCGGUGUCCUGUGAGCAUCCAUAGUUCAGAUUCAUCUAGUGCAGAUGAUGAGCCGACGAACGAGGAAGAAGAUGAAAACGUGAAGAGGGAAGGAGGUCCCAGAGUCACCAAACCACGGGCAUCUCUGUUGGGGAAACCCAGUGCUGGUUCCAUGGAGGAAGAAACCUGGGAGAGUAGGAACAAUCACCUGCAGCGACACACAGCCAGUAGCAACCCUGCUGAUGAAAUAGAUGGAGACCUUGUUGGUAACGAGAACAUCCAGCAAGGCAUAGAUGCAGAAGGGAGCCAGAACGCAUGCUUCAAGUGUGGGAAAAAAUAUGGCAGGAAGUCAACUCUCACAAGACACCUAAAAAUCCACAGCAGUACAAGACCCUAUAUAUGUGCCACCUGUGGCAAAGGGUUCAUUGAGAAAUCGCGGCUCAUUGCCCACACACAAGCACAUAGGAAAAAGCAUCGUUUGAGAAGGGAACCCUACGAAUGCCCUGAGUGUGGGGAGGAAUUCUUUACGAAAGCCUCUUUCAAUGAGCAUCGGGCGACACACACCAGUGAACCAACCUAUUGGUGCCCUGACUGUGGGAAAAGCUACGGGGCAGAGAGAUGGCUUGUUCGACACGUGACGAAGGCCCACUCUCGGGGAGCGACUCUCUUUAAGUGCCCUGACUGCGGGAAAGGCUUUAGGAAAGAGAAAGGUCUCGCUCGGCAUCGAGCGGCGAUCCACACCGAAGGAAGCUUCUACCGGCGCCGUGGCUACAGGUCACGUGUCGGAGAGGAAUCUCCUCUAAUCAAACGGGGAAAGUGCAAGGAAGGUUUGGGUGACGACGCCGGUCAUUGGAGAAUGCAUGGAAAGGGGAACCCUCAUAAAUACCUUCCCCGUGAAAUGCGCUUUGGAAAGAGGCCGCCCCGCCCCACAAAGAGGGAAAGUGAUGCAGGAGAAUAUAGCCACGAAUGCCCCGUGUGUGGGCGAUGUUUCAAGGAUGGGAGAUGCUUUGCUAAUCACUGGAGGGUGCAUGCAAGAGAGCAGAAGCGUGGGCAGCCAGGUGCGUUCAGGGAAGAAACCCGACUCGCUAGAAAUCAGAAAACCCAAGUCGAUUUUGAAUCCGACACAUGCUUUGACUGCGGUAAGCCCCUCUGUGCCGACUCGACGCUGCCUGCGCAGCCCAAAAUUGAAAUGGAAGGAAAUCUCUAUAAACGCCCCGACUCUGGGAAAAUCUUCAGAGACAGCCGACAUUUUGCUAACCGUCAGAGAAGGGGACGCCAGGAAGACCUUGAGGCAAGAGCGCUGCUGGAAACGCCCCGGAAGAAAGGAUCCUAUAGAUGCUCACGUUGCGAGAGAGUCUACACAACCCUCUACAACCUCAGGAGACAUCAGAGAAUCCACUCGGGAUGCAGACCCGCCAAAUGUCCCAGCCGUGGGGAAGGUUUUGCCUGCAAAUGGUCCUUCCCCGACGAUCGGAAGGCCUGUGUCAAAGGAGAAAGCGGCCUGCAGAAAUCCUCUUGCUGUGCGAAAGGGUUCGGCGCUAAAAGUGUGCUCCGUGGGCGCUUGCCGCCCAGCGUAAAAGUCAAGCCUUUCAAAUGUCCCAUUUGUGGGAAAGCCUUUGCGUACAGAUACACUCUCGCUCAUCAUCAGGAAACCCAUGAGGAUGAGCAACCCAGUCUGCAUAUAUGCUCGUUCUGCGGGAAAGCAUUCCGAACCUGGACCUCCCACAACAGACACCGGCAGCUGCACAUGGGAGAAAAGCGCUACCAGUGCACCAUUUGUGGGAAAGCCUUCGCCUACAGAGACGCCCUCGCUCGCCAUCGGGAGAUACACCCGCAAGGGCAGAUCCACAAGUGCGCUUUCUGCCUGAAAACCUUCCCAACCGGUAAUUCUCUCGGUAGACACAGGCUCAUCCACUUGAAAACAAGGUCCUACCAGUGUUCUAUCUGCCAGAAAGCCUUCGGGACAAAAUAUUCCCUCCGUAGGCACCAGGACAUGCAUGCUAAUGGAAGUCCAGGCAAAGUGACCGGUGGUGUGGAAGGUCAUGGUGUAGCCAAAGAGGAAGCUGGCAAGACAGAAGUAAAUUCCAAUGGCUCACCUGAUGGUUCCAUGAUCUCUGGGCAUGAGGACAUCUACAAGGAGAAGGAGAGCUUUGGGAGUGUGGGUGGCGUUGCCUGGGACAGCCGCUUGGAGGGAAAUUCUGCCAAAGGGUUAGAAGAGUAUAAGAAAACAUUCGGAGAUGGCUCAGUGCUUCCCGAAUACCAAGCUAGACAUGCCGCUGAAAGUGUCAACCCAUGGUGUGAGAAUUCAAUAAACUCUAAGCACCAGGGAGUCUACGUUGAAGGAAAUUCACCUGAAUGCUCUGGGCCGAUGGGCAGCUCAGACGUUACUGGACGAGAAGAACCUGUUACUGGUGACCAAACCCUUUCCAGGGAUGGCUCCAUGCUUGCUCGCAACCCAACGAGCGACACAGAAGGACGUUUCAGCUUGCGGACUGGCAAUUCGGCCUAUUCUGGACUGAUUCAGGGAGCCCCUAGAGGAGAAAGUCCUCCUGAGAGUUCUGGGAGUGUGAGGACCUUUGUGGACGGUUCAUUGCUGGCUGAAGAGCAGAGCACCCACUUAGAAGAACACCCUGCUAAUGGGUUAGAUGGUCAGGAUCCAGUUGGGGUCGAUUCAACACACUUGAGUCGUGAGGGAGUUGUCACAGGCAAAGAAAGCCAUACAUGCCUUAACUGUGGGAAGUCCUACAGAAAUCAGUAUUCCCUCACUAGACAUCAGGUAACCCACACCUUGGUGAGACCUUAUCAAUGUCAAACCUGUGAGAAGAGCUUCCGGGAGCCCCAAAUGCUAGCGAGACACCAGCUCAGGCAUACAGAUUUCAAGCCCUAUCAAUGCCACGAAUGUGGGAAAUGCUUCAGAACAAGGUCCUCCAUUGACAGGCACCGGAAAACCCACACAGAGAGGCCCUACUGCUGUGUUUAUUGUGGCAAGAGGGUCACAACAGUCCAAAAUCUUCGGUAUCACCUAAGGCUUCACACAGGAGAGAGGCCUUAUAAGUGUACAGAGUGUGACAAAGAUUACCCGACACCGUGGGCCCUUAAAAAACAUGGGAAGACCCAUUUGAAAACGAGCUCCUCCUAG